AUGCACCAGGUGGAUGUCACCGAACCGGGUACCGAAGCGACGGCGAGGCUGCUCUCCGCCGCCGAGGGCUUCCCUCCUAACCCUGACGGCAAAGUCAUCAUGUGGCAUAGGCCCCUGGCGUGGCGCGACGGCCUUUUCCUUGUCCGCACGACUGACCUUCCCCGCCGGUACGACGAGCUCCGCGUGUGCGACCCGGCCACCGGCUGCAGCCAGACCCUCCCUCUCGAGCCAACGUUCCCUGGAGAUGCAGAGAAGUGCUGGCAGCCACCGUGGGCUGCACAAAAGCGAUGGCAACCGUAUGUCUUGCUCGGCGACGACGGCGGCGGCGGAGGCAUCCGGCCGUUCCAAGUGAUCAAGACGAACCUCGUCAUGUCCGAGCACCACCGCUACCUGGAGACCCAGACCUUCUCAUCGGAGAGCGGCACCUGGGGCACGUACGCCAAGCUCCUGGCUCCGUACUUCCAUGGUAGCUCGUUGCUACGAGGAGGACUGCCGCUGGUUGUCGGCGGCGCGGUGCACUGGCUGUGCGUAACCGACGCCGCGAGCUACGUCCUCAUGCUAAACAUCAGGACGACGCCGGCACAGGUGUCCGUGACGACGCUCCCGGUGAGCUUUCCUCGUCCCAAUAAUAAGGUGUCGUUAGAUUACCUUCUGGCAACAGCAACGGCCGGCGGGAGCAUGAUGGUGCUCGUCGCCGACGGCGACAAGAUCUCCGCCUGGGUGCAGACGGCGACGAAGCCGACGGCCAAGUGGAAGCCGCGGCCGGAGGUGGUGGUGGAGUACGAGGCGUUGCUGCGGUUCAGGAACGUUGCCUGGCCGGGGAGUUUCCAUGUCCGGCUGCAUUGGUUCGACGAGAGGAGUGGCUUCGUGCUUGUCUACGUUGGUUUUACGUACGGUUACUUCUGGCUGGACCUCCGAUCCAAGAAAAUUGUACGGUGCUUUUCCGAUCCUCGUCUCACCGCAACCUCGGUUUUGGUUGUAUGA